AUGGCUUCUUCUACACAUUCGAUGGCUAUGAGUGAUUUGGGAGAUCCACUUAAACCAUACAUUCCUCCAAACGAGACUCCCGAAGAAAAGAAAAGGCGCAUACAAAGAGAAAAGGAAGCGAAAAAACAUAGUGAGGCGAUAGAUAGACAGCUCAAGGCUGAAAAGGAAGAGAUGGAUAGAACUAAAAGUGCAAAGUUGUUGUUAUUAGGAUCAUCUGAGAGUGGCAAAACUACUGUAUUAAAACAAUUAAAAAUCAUUCAUGGUAAUGGCCUUGAAGAAGAACGGAGACAAUAUUCUCGUAUAGUACAUUUAAAUGUACUCACUGCCAUGAAGGCAUUGACAAACGCUCUCGAACAUUUUGGACAUUCUUUGGCCGAUCCAAAAAAUGAAGAACAUCUUGAAAAAUUUCAAAUGUUAACUACCAUCAAAGUUACUUUAAAUCGCAAUUCAUUAACUGUUCAGGCAGCGAUUCGAGAUAAAAAGUCUGACGAUGAUACUGCGUCAGAGACUUUUCGAGAGCAUUCAGAAUCUAUUCAAGCAUUAUGGUCUGAUGCCGCAAUACGGAAGUGUUUUGAAAAUGCUAGUGAUAUCGGUCUUCAGGAUUCAGCAAAAUAUUUUCUGGAUCAUGUAGAGCGAUUUGCUCAACCAGACUAUGUGCCGACAGAUGAUGAUAUUCUUCAAGCUCGAGUGAGAACUAUUGGUGUGACAGAACAUGAGUUCAGAAUCAAAGGGAGUGAUCCUGAAAUUUUCAGAAUAUUUGACGUAGGUGGUCAUCGGUCUCAACCAUUUGAUCAAACUCUUGAGGAAGAUGAGAAGGUUAAUCGUAUGCGUGACUCACUUCAACUAUUCGACACUAUAUGCAAUCAUCCUUUAUUUGUAAACACCAGCGUUAUAUUGUUCUUGAAUAAGAUUGAUAUAUUAAAGAAGAAAAUUCAAAAAGUCAAAGUGAAAGAAUUUUUCGAACAAUAUAAAGGUGCCAAUGAUUUCCAAUCUGUCACAAAAUUUUUCCAACGUCAAUUUUUAGCGAAAAAUUCCAAUCCUGAAAAACAUAUAUACGUACAUUUCACACACGCAACAGAUACAAAACAAAUGCGUGUUAUUGUAGCUUCGGUUAAUGAUAUUGUGCAACGAAUGAAUCUUAGAGCUUCUGGUUUAAUCUAA